CUGUCACACAGCUAGCAAAUGCCUGAGGCUGGCUUUACACUGAGGUUUUCCUGAUUCUAGACCCAGCACUCUGACCAUUGUACUACCUUGCUGCCAAAUGGCUCUCUGGAAGGGAAAAAGGGGAGAGAUAUUGGGGAAAUUUUAUUAAAAGUUUUUAAAAAAGAAAAAAGGAUGUCUUGAGGAUAAUGUUGUGAUAAUAAACAUAUAAAUUGCUUUGCCAAUUUUAAAGUGUGCUAUAAAUGCCAGCUAUUAUUAUGUAAUGGGAAAAGCUGGCUAUUGAAAGCUCUGAAAGUUCUCCCUUUUCUAAACAAGGUUGCUGAAUGAUCUUGGCAAAUUACUUUCUAUCUCUGAACCUCAAGUUUCACAAAAUCUGUAAAAAUGAAGAGGUUGGAUUAGAUUAAAGAUUCUUAACUUGAGGUCUAUGAACCCCAAGAUUUCAGAGGUUCGUUAACUUCAACGGGAAAAAAUCUACAUCUUCAUUUUCACUAUUAACUAAAAUUUAGCAUUUCCUUCAAUUAUGAAUUUUUAAAAAAUUAUUAUGAGGAAGUGGUCCACAGGCUUCGACAUAUUGCUAACGGGGCCCAUGACAAAAAAAAAAAAUGAUUGAGAAUCUUUGAACAAAAUAAAUCUUCUCUUCCAGCUCUAACAUUCUAUAUUGAAAUAUAGCCAGCCUUCUCUAGCCCCGUUUCUCCUAGCCCAUCCGUGGAAUCUACAUUUCCCACCAUGCCCUUUGUGUAGGUGGGGUUCGGUAGACACCUGUAGUCGUGCGCUGCUAGGGACCGGCGCGCUUUAGGAGGCGGAGCGUCGGCAUUCAGAGAAACGUGGCCAAUCUCCGGGACGCAGAGAGAGGAACUACGACUCCCAGAAUGCAUCGUCACUCGGCGCCGGAAAUCAUACUUUUAUCCGGAAGUGGCAUAUGCCCUACUCCAACUGGAUCCGGCAGAAAUGGCUACAGGAACAGACCAGGUGGUUGGCUUUAGUCUGGUGGUUUUCAGUCUUGUGAUCUUUACCUACUACACGGUUUGGGUUAUCAUUCUGCCCUUCAUUGACAGUGAUCACAUCAUCCACAAGUACUUUCUGCCCAGAGAAUACGCCAUCAUCAUCCCCUUAGCAGCUGGCCUAUUCUUGUUGUUGUUUGUGGGACUGUUCAUCACUUAUGUAAUGCUGAAGAAUCGGAAGCCAGCCAAGAAGGCAAACUGAAGGAGGAGGCUUAACCGGCCCUGGGGAGGAAGCUGGAAGUCAGAUCUUGGAUUCUGUGUGUUGCAUCCUGCCCCAUCAUCCUUACCACUUCCUCUUGGGCCAGGGGAAGGUGAAGUAUGGGUGCACUCUUCUUCUCAGGACACAGCUGAUGAGCCUCAGCAUCCCAAAAGCCCUGUGAAAGAUUUACUUUGGGGCUUGGCCCGAGUUGAAUUCCAUCUGUGACUGAACUCCUUGAUCCUGGGAUCCAGCCUAUGUGGGAGAUGUAAGAGGAGGGCAUUCCAGCUCUUCUACCUCAGCCUCUCUCCCAGUUUUAUGGGUGAAAGAGAUACCAACCUUCAUCCCUCUCUCUUAUCCCUCCCAGGCUCUGCAAAUGAGCUUUUCAUUCACAUUCCUGUAGGUUUCUUCCCUUCUUUACCUCCUGCUCUGUGCAAAGGCAACUUUCUAGAGGCUGACACAACCGUGGGCUCACCCAGGUUAAGAGCUCUACCAGACAAAUUCCUGGCCCUAAAUUCACUUCCCUGGGAAUAAGACCAGACCCCUCCCUGGUGAAGGGGCCUAAGAGAGGGAAAUGCUCAAUUCAGGCUUUGUGGACCAAACUGCUGGCACUGUGAUGUGUAAAGACCUGAUCAAUAAUGUCUCUCCAGUGUGUUGUGUCACAACCCGUGCCCAUCUAACCUCCAUGUGGCCCCUAAACCCUACCACAGCCCCUGUGCUACUAAGCUUCUAGCUUCAUCUGUGGGAUUCAAUAAAUAUUUAAUACAUGUCCAUCAAGGUCAUCCCUCCACAUCCCCCUUAACCCUGGUCAGUAUUCUCAGUAGAAGUAAAGUUUGAACCCUGCUGGGCUUUGUAGCUCAGAGAAGGGUAAAGAAAGGGUUGUUGGGAGAUGGAGAUUCUUCUCAUCUUAGAAUCUCCUCUCCACCCCAGGCUGUAUCUAUAGCCCUAGAAGUGUUGGGAGUGGAACCCAACUGACUAAAGAGCUGUCUGACAUCUUCAGAGAGAACCUGGGGUUUUUCACUGAUACCGGGGAGAGGAAGCAUCAAUGGGCUUGGCUGUCUGGGGUGGGCCCCAGCCUUUGGUGUUUUUUAAUUAAAAUUUUUUCAAUUAAGUAAAA